CAAGCACUUCCGUCGCAGCGGGUGAAGUAACACUGACUCAACAUCGCUGUACUUCUCAAAGUGUCAUUUCUGUGGCUGGGCUCCAAACGGUGUCAAUAUGGCAGCGCCCAGCCCGGCAGAGCAGCUCCAGCAGGACUUUGCGCCCCCGCAAGCAGAUGUGGAGGAGGCUGCACGAGCAAUGGAGGCGUUUGCCCAGGGUCACAGUUCCGAGGGGCGCCUAGUUGUGCUAAUCACCUCCGGGGGCACCAAGGUCCCUCUAGAGUCCCGCACUGUGAGAUUCCUGGAUAACUUUAGCAGCGGCCGCCGUGGAGCCGCCUCCGCGGAGUACUUCCUGCAGGCCGGAUACGCAGUAAUCUUCUUACAUCGGCACCGCUCAAUGUACCCAUACAGUCGCCGCUACACCGCAGUGAACUGGCUGGAUGUACUGAAUCUCCUCCCCUCCAGCGCACCGCGGGGGGCGGGACAUCGGGUGGAGGCCGCGCAGAGCCAGCUCCCUGGGAUAGUGCGGGUUUUACAGGACUACCACAGUAUUAAGGAGACUGGCCGGCUGCUGCCUAUAGAGUUCAACACACUGUCUGACUACUUGCACCUACUGCUGGCCGCUGCCCGGGCCCUCAGCCCACUAGGGUCAAAUGUAUUAUUUUACCUGGCAGCGGCAGUGUCAGACUUCUACAUCCCAGCAUCAGAGAUGCCAGAACACAAGAUCCAGUCGUCCAGUGGUCCUUUACAGAUUACAAUGAAGAUGGUUCCUAAAAUGCUUUCACCGUUGGUAAAAGAUUGGGCUCCCAAAGCCUUUGUUAUUUCUUUUAAACUGGAAACCGAUCCAGACAUUUUAAUUGAGAGAGCUAGGAAAGCUUUGGCCACCUACCGACACCAGGUUGUAGUAGCAAACAUCCUUGACACAAGAAGAUCCUAUGUAGUGGUUGUGACAAGCACAGAAGAAGCAAAGCUCUCUGUAUCGGAUGAAGAAGAGAGCCUAGGGGUGGAGAUAGAAGACAAGAUUAUCAAGGACUUAACUUUACGUCAUAUGCGUUUUAUUGAGGGGACUCAAUCGAAUUAGCCAUUUAUCCUAACAUUGUUUGGAUGUAACAUAGUUAAUAUGAACUGGGCUCCUGCUGGGCUGUAACACUAUGGGGUGUAUUCAAUAACUGUCAAAUCCAUUCCGACAUGCAUUUGUCAGAAUGGAUCCGACAAGGGCUAUUCAAUGGUCGUCCAAAUCUGACUGUCGGAUUUGAGCCAAAUCCAACUGUCUGAUUUGGACGUACCUGGGAUGCUGUUCUGCCACUGCUGUCAGCGGCUUCCGGGUGCGCUGACAGCCGCAGCGGGGAGAGCAGACGGCGGUGGCCGGUGGCGGGAGUUGGCGGCGGGGGGAGCUAGUCGGCAGGGGGAGCUGCCAGCGUCUGAAGCAGCGGAGAGUGAUGUCCGGCGGCGGGAUGCGCUGCAGGGAGAGAGAUGCCUGGCUGUGGGACGGCCAGGCAGGUACCUCUCAUACCUGUAGCCCGUCGUACCGCUCUCCUUCUCCUCACCUCAAUCCGACUUGUUUCAUUUCCGACAGAAGCACGCGGAUCGGCGGCUAUUCCGCCGAUCCAUAUGUUUUCCGAUAAGUCGGGAAUUCCGACUAGUCGGGGGGAAAAAUGCAUUUUUUGAAUAGGUCGGAACCCUUUCCGACCGAAAUCUGUCUGAAGCUGCUGUCUUUCCGACAAGACGGCAGCUUCCGACAGUUAUUGAAUACACCCCUAUGAGGAGCACUUUUAGGUACGCUGUAAGGACAUAAAACCUGAUCCAUGGAAUAUGUACAGUUGUAGGCCCCUAAAGUCCUUAAAUUGACAUAGUAACAUAGUUGGUGAGGUUGAAAAAAGACCAGUAGUCCAGCGAGUUCAACCUGAAUUAUAUGUUAUCUUCACCUUAUUCAAACAUUUGUAUGUGUCUAAUGUGUUGUAAAUGUUUAUACAUGUUCUAAUACAAUCCUAAUGACUACCUAUAA